GAACAGUGACGGUGUCAGUGCUGAAAACGCUGGUAUCCAUGUGCUGAGGGAACGUGUCCGACAUGCAAUGUGGCGAGUGGAUCCGGCUGGUGUGGCACUUCGUUCCCAGAAGGCCAUUAAACGGAGAACAUAUGCAGUCGAAGCGCCAAAUUCACUUUGGCAUCUGGAUGGGAAUCACAAGCUUAUCAGGUGGCGCAUUGUCAUUCAUGGUGCAGUUGAUGGAUAUUCUCGAUUAAUCACAUUUAUGAAAGCAUCUACGAACAAUCGGGCCACAACAGUACAGACCAAUUUCAAGGAGGCUGUCGAUCAGUAUGGCAUUCCUUCUAGGAUACGCUGUGAUUAUGGAGGCGAGAACCAGCUGGUGCGUUCCUUUAUGGAGGAGAACCGAGGGACAGGAAGAGGUAGUGCCAUUUGUGGCAAAAGUGUCCACAAUCAACGUAUUGAAAGGCUGUGGCGUGACUUGUGGGAUGGUGCUACCAACACCUAUUAUGAUCUUUUCACUGCAUUUGAGCGAGAUAAUCUGUUGAACCCCAAUAGUGAAGAACAGCUGUAUGCACUGCAUUACAUUUUCUUGCCAAGGAUUCAGCAUGCUAUUGAUACCUUUGUGAAGCAGUGGAAUCACCAUAAAUUGCGCACAGAAAAUAUGUCACCUGUACAACUAUUUGUAGAAGGUUCGCUUCAACUGUAUAAUUCAGCCAACACUGCCACAAGAGGAAUAUUUGCUGGCAAUCAUCCAUCCUCAUCUGCAGAGAAUACUAGUGAUGCCGAGUCUUUACCCGACACCAUACAUGCCAGGGACAACAGUUCAGACUCAGACAGAGUGUCUGAAUUAGACAUUGCUGUUGUCAUUGUGACCAUCCCAGAUACAGUGGGUUUACUCUCAGAAAAUGCUUUGGAUACAUUAAAGGAACAUAUUGACCCAUUGUCCAAUAUUGAAGCCGCAGACAUGGGUUUAUCUCACUAUCUGGGUGUACUAGAUUUUAUUUCAGAGAACAUGAACCUGUAAUUAUGCAUGCUCUUGACGGAACUUAAACAGUAUUGUCAAUUUGCCAGAUUGUAUUCUUUGCUGGCUUUUAAAGUAUUAACUCUUUCAGCCCGAACUCUGGGCCGACGACUGAAUAUACGGUUAAUACCCCUAACCUCAUUUUCAAUUUCUGCCAUGAGCCAGUUUCAUCAGGUCUUCGUUCGUACACUGUAUUUACAGCACCGUUACACCACCUGCCUGCUCCCUGAUGAACAAGCGAUGUCUUGUUGAUCAAGGGGUGUGGCUGAGCGCAAGAGAAUUAUGAAGAACAUUAUUGAUUUUUGCCACAAAAAUACAGGUGAAAUACAUUUAUUCUGCGGAAAUACAUUUCUUCUUGGUAUGUGUAUGCCUCGUACAAACAGUUCUGAAGCAAUCAAGUGUACAAUGAGCAAAUACCACAGAAUAUUAUGAUUCUGAUUCUGCCAAUUUUUCACAAAAUCUUUGAUGAUGAAAAACAUAUACUUUUCAUGUAAUUUGAUUAUAAUGUAAACAUUCCACAUAUCACCAUGGAGCCGAAAUAAAAUGCUUCACAAUGGUACAAAACUCAAAAGGAAUACUGUCAUGCUGUACAAUAAAUGAAUACAAAUAUAAAGUUUUCUCUAUGUACACUCAUGGCCACAAAAAACAAUUUUAGAAAAAUUCUGCAAUACGUGACCCAGCACAGCAAAAUGAGUCGGAAUUUGCCAGGAAACUUUUAUGAUAAAAUGCAUUAGAAUAGUAAUGCAACAGAAAAUGCAUUACAUACUACAGAAACAUGGCUGUUAUCAAUAUUCAAGAUAGAAAGGAGAUCCUUACAUCAUUUUGAAGCUUAUAACGUCAUGUAUAAAAAGAUUUUACAAACAAAUAAUUUUCUUGUCACUGCAACUCAUUUUGCUGUACUAGGUCACAUAAGUCAUUCCAUGGCUUAUUUUUUAGUUAUUUUAAUACAUAUUAUCACCGAUGCAUUUUAUGACAAACAUUGCAUUAUUGCUAUUCUCCCACUUUGACCCGUACUCUUCUAAAGAAAACACUGUAACAGCACCAUGUAUUAAUGUGACCAGCAGGAGGAAGAAAGAUAAAAUAUUCAUUCACAUUUAACAGAAACAAAAAUAACAUUAUGUACACAUUAUGAACUAUCGAUUGCGAGCAACACAACUAUAGAAUACAA